AUGAACAAUCUCCCGUUUUCCUCGGCUAAUGCAGAGGGCAAAGAGCUGACAUUGGACGACUAUGAUAGGGUGCGAACCCCUCACAAAUCCUUGGCGGAUAAUACCGAGCUCCGGUUGCGAGCCGGAACCUUGUCAACAGAACUUAGUUGUCCAAUCUGUUUAGAUUUGCUCACUCAAACGAUGACUACAAAGGAAUGUCUUCAUCGAUUCUGUGCGGAAUGCAUUACAACUGCACUCUUCCGUGGGAACAAGGAAUGCCCUACAUGUCGUAAAAAGCUGGUUUCCAAGCGAUCUCUCAGACCGGAUCCGAACUUUGAUUCACUAAUUGCGAAGGUAACGAUCAUAUUGCAAAUAUUGUAUCAGAAUUAUGGUCACUUAAUCUGGCCCGAUCGAAAAACGUAUGAAGACCUCCAGUCAGUUGCUUCGGAGAAAUUCGCUGCUCAGACGAAUAUGGACGCUUUGCGCAGUUCUAUAGAAGAAGGCAUCAAGGCUCAAGAAGUUAAUAGACGGAAACGCGUCCAAGGCUCAUACGAGUGUGAAAAGCGAAAAAAGAAGCGUGAAGAGGAAGGGAACGCCAACGGAACGGAAGAUUGCGCUGCUGUGGACAAUGAAUCGAAUUCACCUACUGAAGAGGAUGGAGGUCAGUUCACUUGUUUUUUUUUCAUAGAUUAG